GUCAAGUGUCGCCACGUGCGCAAAAGAUGUAGAAGAAAGAUUAGAAACGGCAAACUAGGUCUGGCGAUACCUUGCCCGUUCGAGGCACAGGGCUCAACAGCCAGGCGAGGGCGCUGGCCAGCGGCAUGAUUAGCGUGUCAAGCGGUACAGAGGGGUCCGUCUGCGGCAUGAUUUACCAGGAAUAUGGACGCGAUUUGAGGAUCGCUAUUUCACGUCUUUGAUUCUUAAUGAAAGCAGGUUCCUUCCAUGUUCAAUCGUGCUUUGCAAGGUAGUGACGAGUGGGCCAGGCAGCGGAGUCUAGCACAAGAUUGACAACUCCUGAAUCUCCGCAUAUAGAUUUGAUCAUGUCGAACGACUUGUCCUCAACACAAAACCAAUCCUUCAGAUUCUCUACACACUCCGGCGCACCAUCAAUCCAACCGUCAAUCGCAAUGAGCACCUCUUCCACCGUCACCAACAACACGGCCGACGCCGGCUUCAAGCAGGAGGCAUACCAGAACUCGCCCUCGACGACCACCUAUGACACAGACAAGAUCGCCGUCAAUGAGCCUCGCGCAUCCAUGAGCACUGUCGGCUCGGCCGACCCGCGCACCCAAGACAUCAAGUCAUGGAAGGCAGGCUUCCAGCGCAUGUCGGAUGAGCGCCUCGAGAAGCAGCGUUACCAGCUCAGCGAGAAGAAGGACGACGAAAUCAACACCAUCGCCCUGGGCGCAAAGGUCGAGCGCGCACUUGGCAGAAGAAUGGUCGGACAGGACGCCCAGUUCACACGCAGAGAGUCGCUGUCUGCACAAACUCCAGUACAGCCCGCACAGGAACAGCAGGCCCCUGUCGAGCUGCCCGAGAAGAGAAGCGUCGAGAUUACUUCGUAAGAAGCGAAACAAUCGACAGGAUACUACAUGGACAGAAAAGCCGAACCAGUCAUUUGCAUGGAUUAAAUCCCGAGUCUGGAUGAGCGAAGGGAUUUUCUUUUGG